UUCCAUUUCCAAAAUCAACGCAACCAUCUCAUUCUACUCCACUAAAUUCAUCAUACCACCAAACCCACCUCCACUUCUUCAAUUUCCAUCCAAACUUUCUUCUAAACAAAACCCAUCAUCACCACCAUCAAUUUCAAAUCAAAUCAUGGGUGGUUAUUGGGGUUUGUCAGCAGUAGUCCUAUUAGUAGCAACCGCCGCAGUAUUCACAACUCCGGUCACCGGAAAUUCAGAAGGAGACGCACUUUAUGCACUUCGCCGGAGCUUGAAUGAUCCAGAUAAAGUUCUUCAAAGCUGGGAUCCGAAUCUUGUGAACCCAUGUACUUGGUUUCACGUCACUUGUAAUCAAGAUAAUCAUGUCACUCGUGUGGAUCUUGGAAAUUCAAAAUUGUCGGGUCAUCUUGUGCCCGAACUAGGAAAACUUGAACAUCUACAGUAUCUGGAGCUUUACAAGAAUACCAUUCAAGGUCCAAUUCCUGCAGAGAUUGGUAACUUGAAGAGCCUCAUAAGCUUGGAUCUCUACAACAACAAUAUUUCUGGCAGUAUUCCACCUACACUCGGGAAGUUGAAAUCUCUAGUGUUUUUGCGUCUUAAUGAUAACCGUCUAACUGGAAGAAUCCCUAGGGAACUCAUUGGUAUUUCAAGUUUGAAAGUUGUGGACGUAUCAAACAAUAACCUCUGUGGAACAAUUCCCACCACCGGCCCGUUUGAACACAUCCCUUUGAACAACUUUGAGAACAACCCUCGUCUAGAAGGACCAGAGUUGCAGGGACUAGCAAGUUAUGAUACCAACUGCUACUGAAGUGGUCAAGUUUGAUGUUUUAUAACUCCGUUUUGAGUUACAAGAACUCUUGUUAAAACAUAUGAGAUCGGGAUAGUUUGUGAUAUCGUCUGUAAAAUCGUUAUGUUGUGGAUGUAUGUUGUUCUGGAAUAUAUAUAAUAUUUGGUAGCAACCAAUGGAAGGUAUAACUUGACGUA